UUUAGAUUACUCCGUUUUAUGAACGUAUAUAUUUGUCGCUGUUUUCUGUUGCCGUUGCUUAAGAUUCUGUUAGAUGAGUUAAUAUUAUAACUUAGAAAUAAUGUCGAUUCACCAAUACACAUACUAUUCUUUAUGCAAAGUGUCUUUUUACGCGUUUUGUCGUAAUAUUUGUACAUUGGUCUCGUUUUCUUGACUAGACAUCAUGGCUUCGGCUCCAGCCCAACAACCCACACUGACCGCUGAACAAACCAGAGUGGUGCUGAGUGAAGUGAUCCAGGCCUUUUCAGUGCCAGAGAAUGCUGUGCGAAUGGAGGAGGCUCGGGAGAGCGCCUGUAACGACAUGGGGAAGAUGCUGCAGCUCGUGCUUCCUGUGGCCACUCAGAUUCAACAGGAAGUAAUCAAGGCGUAUGGAUUUAACAAUGAAGGAGAAGGCGUCCUUAAAUUUGCCAGACUGGUGAAGAUGUAUGAAACCCAGGACCCAGAAAUAGCAGCCAUGUCUGCAAAGCUGAAGGCUCUCCUCCUGCCACCGUUGUCAACACCACCUAUAGGAGGCGCCAUUCCAGCUUCAUAGGAUUUAUUUUUGACCAGGUCAAAUGCAAGAGUGCUUUCUUUCCAUGCUUUGCUUCUCUGUAUUAUCAUGUAUUUAAGAUCCUGUUUUUGAUUUUAGGUCUAAGUUUUAUACCACUAAUGUUUCUUUAAAAAAAUAUGGUUAUAUUGAAAGCAUUCUUGCAAAUCCUUGAUUUAUUUUUUGCAUUGUAUUUAUUUGUUACAUAUAACACUACAACCACUUUAUUCCACUGAAACAUUUACUUUAAUGCCAUCCUUUUUUUAUAUAAUGCCAUUUGUUUUUCUGUAAAAAAUAAAUGUUUUCUCUG